CCAUAAUAUCAUUGAUGUUGUGCUGCUGCUGUUGUUGUCAUCAUCAAUUUGAAUAUGUUGCCUCUUUUUGAUAUUUUGAUUUGACCCGUAAUAAAUACGUCAUUCUAUGAGAAUAUGCAUCAAAUUCAAUUAUGGAGCACAGUGUUUUUUAUAUGUAUGGAGUGUAGUGCGCCGUUCCAUUCCGUUCCGCAUCACAUUGUCCUAUAAAUGAGCACACACUUACAAAAUUUAUACAACCUUUGGCCGUAGAACGUUUUGGAGAGAAAGAAGAAUGACAAGCAAGAAGAAAAAUAAUGCCCGAUUGAUGCCACCGAAUGUGGGUUUUGUGUUUCUCGCACAGAAAACAAAAGCAGUCGAUUCGAUCAGGACUUUUCUCUCUCUCUCUCUCUCUCUCUCUCUCUCUCUCUCUCUCUCUAGCUCUCUGUGCGUCGGUGUGUAUACAAAUUCUUCGCAAGCAUUGAGCUAGAUUUCAUCAAACUGAAUCAACAGAAGCCUAUUCGCACAUACAGCCGGCCGUACGUAAUCCACCAAACACCAUCAAUUGUUUAUAAACUCAUUUCUCUUGCUAUCCCAUUUUACGUUAAGUUUUUGUGUAUUUUACGGUUUAUUCGAAACUGAACGAGAAAACAACAGCAUACACAAUAGGAACAACAACAUUAUUUAUAACAACAUACAUUACCGAGCACAUUUUAAUUAGAAUUUAUUAAAAAGAAAAAAGAUUGUUCAUAAUAUUUUCAAUAUUUGAAUGUGCACACGAUAGAGUAAUUACACUCACAACAACGCGAGAAAAGGAAACGACGCGUCGAUUUAGAGAAGAGAAAGAUAGAAAAAAAACGAUAACACAUAAUAUAGAAAUAACGAAAUAAUUUAGCUGCAAAGUGAAAUUGAAACGAUAAUCAAAGUCGGCACACAAUAACAAUAUCAAAAGAGAGAGAGAAAAAAAAAAUAAAAAAUAAAAAUAUAAUAUUAUUAAUACACACAUAUACAAAUACAGCGCGAGAUCGAGUGAAAAAAAAAACAACAACAACAACAACCGUACAACAAGUGUAAAGUGUUAAGGCGAGAAACGAUAGAAGCAAAAUCGUGUGUGCGCCCGCAAGAUAACAACAAUUUUUAGUUUCCUUCGUGUUUUCACACAUAAAUUAUGAGCAGUAAUAAUUCAAGUAGUGGCAAUUCAAAUCGAAAUGGUUUCAUUUUUCCGGAUUUUUCGCUAAGACGAUUGUUGCUGCAAACACGAACCGGCCGCACUCCAUUCACAACGCGAAUGUGUGAUGUGGAACGCGGUGGUGCAUCGAAUCCAAAUAGCGGUGUGGUUGCGAAUGGCAUCGGAAAUAGCGCUAAUAGCAACAAACAUGAAAAAACCAGCCACGGAUCGGCCCUAAGCAAUGGCAGCAGUGGCAGCGGCGGCAGUGGAGUCAGCGGUGGUGAUGUGUCAUCAGGCAAAAGUAAUGCCGACGCGCUGACUCAAAAUCAGAGAACACACGCAUCGUCGUCGACAUCGUCGUCGUCGUCGACACAUCAACACAAUGGAAACAAUCAACGAAUUAAUUCAAGCGGAUCGUCAUGUGGUGGCGGCAGUGGCGGUGCUGGCAGUAAUUCGAGCAGCAACAACAGCACAAACAACAACAAUCGAACCAAUCGAAACAGUCAAGAGUGUCCCCUAUGCUAUAGCCCGGAGCCGUCACAAGGAUUUUAUACGAUGCUGAAUUGCAAACAUUAUGCAUGCCGUUCGUGUUUGGAGAGUUAUUUAACGAUCGAAAUAUUUGAAUCACGGACAGAGAUCGCAUGCACACAAUGCUCGGAUGCGAUGCAUCCCAGUGAUAUUGAAACACUGCUACGCACAUCGCCAACCAUCAUGAAAAAAUACGAAGAUUUUAUGGUACGGCGUGUUCUACUCUCGGAUCCAGAUUCAAGAUGGUGUCCAGCACCCGAUUGCAGUUACGCUGUUAUCGCCACUGGAUGUGCGUCGUGUCCACGUAUUAAAUGCGAACGCCCUGGCUGUGAUGUUAAUUUUUGCUACCAUUGUAAAGCUGAAUGGCAUCCGGAUCAAACGUGCGAUGCUGCACGUGCAUCAAGGCAAAGUCCGAUGCGAGCACCAUCGGGAAGUAUCAGUCAAGACUCUCAGCAUCGUACCGAUGACAUCAAACCAUGCCCACGCUGUCAAGUGCUGAUCGUUAAAAUGGAUGACGGUUCAUGCAAUCACAUGGUGUGCGCUGUUUGCGGCUCCGAAUUCUGUUGGCUAUGCAUGAAAGAGAUAAGCGACCUACACUAUUUAAGUCCGUCGGGAUGCACAUUUUGGGGAAAGAAACCGUGGUCACGCAAAAAGAAACUGCUAUGGCAACUGGGAACAUUGGUUGGAGCACCGGUUGGAAUUGCUUUAGUUGCUGGAAUCGCUGUGCCGGCUAUGAUUAUAGGUAUACCCGUUUGGAUUGGGCGGAAAUUGCACACAAGAUAUCGUCUGUCGGGCAAACACAAACGGAAUUUCGCAAUGCUUGGCGGUGUCGCAGCUUCGAUACUUGUAUCACCAGUUUUGGCUGGCUUAGCGGUGGCCAUCGGUGUGCCGAUCUUAUUAUUUUAUGUGUAUGGCGUGGUUCCAGUUUCGCUGUGCCGAGCCGGCUGUGCGGUGUCAACAACACGUGAUGGUUUUAAAUUUGAUUUUGACGAAGAGGACAACAGUUCACGGAAUCAUGAUGCAGCCAGUGUUGAUGCCGUGUCACGCAUCGGUGCGACGAGCAUCGGUGAAGUUAGCUUAAGUGUAGUAAGCGGAAGUCAGUUGGGCGCCUCAUCGCACAAUAAUGCAUUUACAUUGGCACAAUCGAAUGCAAAUCGAGAGUCAACUACAGCUCUAUCAGGAAGUAUUACUGGAAAUAAAAUGGAAGUACAAGCUGAUGUCAGCGCCUCCGAAACUGCAUCUGCAGUCACAUGUGUCAGCGAAAAGUCAAAUAAUACACAAAAUGACAACGCAUCAACAAGGGCUCUGGCCGGUUCAAUGUACAAACAGCACAUAGGAUCAUCGAAUGUAAGCGAAGAUGGUGCUUCAGAGCGCGUUCGCUUCGACAACAUUGUUUACUAUUCAAUGGAUGAGGCCAUUGAAAAGGAUGCCAACAACGCAGACAAAACAAGCGUCAGCAGUGAACGGUCGUUUAAAUUGUGUGGAGAUGAUGGCGAAUCAGCAGGGGUGACGUCAUACAACAAACGAAACCGGUUAUCACAACAAAAUCGAAAUGCCGGCAUUGCAAAAGCAAAUCCACCCGAAACGGAUCAAUUGAUAGUGGAAAGUGAUAACACGAAAGAUGCUGUGACCGACGAGAGUACAGUGAAAACACAGCAACCGAGUAAGCUAUCGCUAAAUCUUAAUCAAACUGCCGAUCCAACGAACCAAGCCAGCACAUCGGAUACUUCGAAUUCACAACUGAAAAAUAUGUCAAAAGCAGCUGUAUUAAGGCAUUUAUUCUUCUCACCAAUAAGUUCCAACAACAAUGCUGCCACCGCCGAAACAACACCCAAUGUAGCUUGUUCAAGGGAGACUAAUUAAUUUUUGAAAAUUGUUCAUCCAAAAAUAGAAACACACACACAAAAACCAAAACAUCGAUUGAUGUAGAUGAUGGAAUGCUUUGCAUUUUUAGCCCACAAAACAAUCAUCGAUAUACAUAUUUUCCAUUCAUUCCUUUUACAAAGCAUGCUCAAGAUGUACGAGUCGAUUUUAUUAACAUUAACUCUAUGACUAUAUUUUUUAUUCAUUACUCUGUCUAAAUGCAAAAGAAUGUGGUGUAGAAUGGAAUGUCAUCGCUCGACCAUACAUGAGAUGUGUGUUGUUCGAUUUUAUUGGGCUACUGAUAUCUAGCUUCUAAGUUCAUGUACGAUAUUGAUUAUUAGCGUUAAGAGAUAUAUAUAUAUAUAAAAUAGAUCAAAACGAAUUGAUUUCAACGGCGUAUGAAAAGCUUUAGAUAUAUAUAUACAGACAAACAAUUUAUGUUUACAAUUUUAACAGAAUAAUUGAUUGAUGAAAAGAAGAUGAUGAUGAUGAACAAAA